AUGCCCUUAAGAGGCACCGACCACUGCAAUGCGUCCCGCGACGACGCGCCAUACUUCGACUCUCUAGUUGAUUUGGACGCAUGGGCAAAGACGUCGCCCGCGAAAUUGAACGGCGUGCUGGAUUAUCACCCACGACAGUUCGUCGAAGGAUUGCCUGCAGAGAGCAGGGGCAAUUUACUGGUGUGCCAUGAUUACAAGGGUGGUUACACAGAAUCUCCGUCAAGUCUUUCCUACACCUUCAAUUUGUGGUCGUACUGCAAUACCUUCAUCUACUUUUCUCACCACAGGGUUACAAUACCCCCAUCCGGAUGGACUACCGCUGCCCACCGACAUGGUGUCAAGAUGUUAGGCACAUUAAUUUUCGAAGACUCUGGCGAAGAAGAUUGUCUCCGCCUCCUGAUAGCAUCCCGCUCUCUCCGCACUAUGCGUAUCUUCUCGCAUAUUUGGCAUAUCAGCGAGGGUUUGACGGAUAUUUACUCAACUUCGAAUGCCCAUUACGCGGACAACAAGAGCAGACGAGGACAUUGGCAGCUUGGAUUGCUCUGUUGCGGGAUGGACUUCAACGGAAAGUUGGUCCACAUUCUGAAGUGGUACGACAGUGUUAUAUACAAUGGUCAGCUGAGGUGGCAAGAUAGGCUGAACAAUUAUAACCUUCCUUUCUUCAUCCCUUCGUCUGCAUUUUUCACGAACUAUACUUGGCCUCCAGAUUACCCCUCUCGUACAGCACAGUACUUCCUCAGCUUAGACACCGCUCUGGUCACGCAAUCCAAGUUUCUCCGGGACAUCUUUGUGGGCGUUGACGUUUGGGGCCGAGGCUCACACGGUGGGGGCGGCUUCGGGAGCUACAAAGCCAUAUCGCACAUUGAUCCAGAAUUCCUCGGCCUAAGUGUCGCACUCUUUGGACAGGCGUGGACGUGGGAGAGCGAGCAGGAUAGGCCAGGAUGGACGUGGGAGUCAUGGUGGGAAUAUGAGCGCAAGCUAUGGCUGGGACCUCAGGACAGUAGCGACGCUGUCACAGUACCAGAGUCCCCUCUUCGCAGGGGCGAGCUGAAGUGUGAGCACGGGCCAUUCGUGCCCUUAGCCUCCUUCUUCCCCAGACAUCCGCCGCCAAACCCAGCGGAACUACCGUUCUUCACUUCAUUCUCGCCCGGUGUGGGACGCGCAUGGUUCAUCAACGGUGCCAAGGUUCUGGAGACCACUGAGGGAUGGACGGAUCUCGACAAGAAUUGUUCCCUCGGAGACAUGACGUGGCCGCGACCCGUCCCCCAAUGGGAGCAUGGCGGAGAGACUGAAGAGCUGCCCAAGGCAUCGUCAGCGUUGUGCAUGGAUGACGCAUGGCUCGGCGGCAGCUCUUUGCGUAUAGCUUUGGAAAUUCCUGGCUCGGAUACAGAGGAUGCGUUCUUCCGAUGUAUCUGGCUACCCGUACAAUCCCUAGCGAUCACUCCUCGCAACUCUUACGAAAUGUCGGUUGUCUUCAAGGUCAAUUCCGACAGGCCCCUUGACUUCGACCUAGGCUUGUCACUGAAGGUGCUUGCUGAAGAUGUUACAGAUAUGGUUGAUGUGACAUCUGUAUCUAUAACGAAUGCGGACGAGUUGCCUGGCGGAUGGAUCAAGAUGACGAUCCACUGUGUCCUUUCCUCUGAUCAUCCCUCCGACGUGCUCGCUGCUGCAGGUCUCGUGGUGGGGUUCGCUGUCGAAGACCCAACUGAACCUAUCCUCGUGUCUAUUUCCCUGGGAGCGUUGUGUGUACGCUCCGGCACGGCGUCUCAGGAUCUCACUAUUCCCCAACCGAAACUACUCUGGGCGGAUUUCCACCAGAUGCCACCAGCGGAAGGAUCAGCUGUAUUCGCUGGUACUCUGACUUGGGAUGUAGGCUCGUCUUUCACUUCGCUACCUAGCGUCCGCAAUCCUGUUCCAGAUUCCGAAGAUCCUCGUCCUGUUUGGCAGCUCGAUUCGUCGUUCCCAGUGUUUUCAUACUUUAACAUUUUUGCGCAAGUGCAUUCGCCGGAGGGGACUGUUGCUGGGCCGGAUUGUGCAACGUUCAUUGGGACUACCGGGCUGGAUGGUAGGGAGAAUAGAUUCUACGUCGACUCGGCCUGCCUGCCUCUGUCGGCGACCGGGGCAUGUGGUAUACGCUUUUAUGUUCAAGGUGUUACCGAUUGGGGCCUUGUUCUUGACUGGGAGUCUUCUACAUUCGUCGACGUUAAGAUUCCACAGUAA